AUGGACAUUGUUCGUAAAUUAGCCAAAGCUCUAGCCUCUAAUCAAGAUAAAGUGAGGCGAAAGGCACAGAAGCAAGUAAAAGUACUCCUUUCAAAGAAAUCAUUGAAUGGAAAAGAUGAUUGGACUUACGAACAGUUGCUGGGCAUUUGCAAAGGUCUUCACUACAGUUUAUGGAUGCAGGACAAGUUGCUGCUGAAGGAACAAACGGUCGUCCGGUUAUGUAACAUAUUACCCAAUAUUGAGGACAACACAGUCACAUUGUAUUAUUCUUAUGCCAUGUUUGAAACACUAGCAAGAGAAUGGGACAAUUUAGAUUACUGGAGGGUAGACAAAUUUAUGCUGCUCGGACGAGAAUUUUUUACGAGAGGCCUUCAGUUUAUUUCUUGCAAAAAACCUGAAAUUUUACCUUCAUUUGUGGAGGCCAUUUUCACCAAGAUAUUGAACAAUGACAUAAAUCAUGCUGUUGGUCUAAAAUUGCAUUUCUGUACUCUAAUAGGUGAAGAACUUCCGAAAAAGAACGUAAAAAUGUUAUCUCUGCAGUUAGUCUUUCAAUAUCUCCUGGUUUUACUAGCUUCCCUACCGAAACACAACAUUUACGCUCACAGUGUCCUAUCUCUGAUUACUCGGAUAACAAAGCUUAUUCGAAGACGUCCACAAUGUUGUUUGGAUCGUAUUAUGAAAUGUCUUGAGAAUAUUUUAAGCAAAGAUUCCUCCUAUAGAAACGCUUUAAAACGAGUCGACACAAAUCUAAAAAGAAUUCUGGCAAAUAGAGAAACUACAUCAGUAGCAACCGAUGGACAGAUCCCCACGUUAUGUACAGAGUCGUCACCUGAGACGACAAAUCUCGUUCUCAAUACUUGUGAGAAUAUAAAUAGUGAAGGUGGUUCAUCAGAGCUUAAGAUCGGAAAGAAAAAAAUUCCGAAGGUUUUAAAGAAGAAAAAACGGGUGAUUAAAAAACGUUCAUAUGCUGAGACCGCUAACCCCGUAAAUAUAGAGUUCAGCAAUCAAGCUGAUAAUUUUGUCGAAGAAUCACGUCCAAAGAGAAUGAAGUCUGAAAUACCCACAAAGUCUGUUGACGAAUGCACAGCAGUUCCAUGUGUAGUUCCUGAUUCUCCAUGCCCUUUUUCAGCAUGUGAUGAUGAAUCUAAACCAAACGUCGGUCAAUUUAUAUCUCCUAAUGUUUCAAUAAGUGGCAACUCUGCUUCUGUAGAAAAGUGUACUUCAAACACUCCGCUUUCUUCUGAAAGACGUGUAUCCUUCGGUAAGGUAUUUCGUAAGAAAUUUAACUCAGCUCGUUGCAUCUCCCUAACCCCACCGGUUAGUGUUAUUCCAGCCAAGGGAAUUUUAAGAAGUAACAAAUCUAUAGCUGAUGACGCGAAAGCUAACGUUUCGUUCUAA